AUGAGUCUAUUAGAGGGACUGAAGCAGUACACAACCGUUGUGGCCGACACGGCGGACUUCUCACUACUCUCUAAAUACAAACCGGAAGAUGCGACCACAAAUCCAUCGCUGGUCCUCGCCGGCAGUCAACUCCCACAAUACGCCCAUCUCAUUGAUGCCGCCGUGCAGUUCGCCAAGGCACACGUGCAUGAGAUGCGGGAUGGACUCACCACCGACGGCGAUGAAAAGGCGCAGAUGUUGGAGUUGGCGGUGGAUAAACUCACCGUGAGUUUCGGUGUGGAAAUAUCAAAAGUCAUUCCCGGCCGCGUGAGCACAGAAGUGGACGCACGUCUCUCUUACAAUACGGAAAAGAUGGUCACCAAAGCCAAACAUCUUAUUCGAUUAUAUGAAGACUGUGGGGUUCCCCGCAAUCGUGUGUAUGUGAAGAUCGCCUCCACAUGGGAAGGUAUCGCCGCUGCGCGUAUUUUGGAAAAAGAAAAUCCACCCAUUCAAUGCAAUCUCACUCUUCUGUUUUCAUUUGGACAGGCAGUGGCAUGUGCACAGGCGGGAGUUUCCCUCAUCUCCCCUUUCGUCGGCCGUAUUCUCGACUGGUAUGUCGCCGAUGCGAAGAGGAAAGCCUCAGAAGAAGGAAAUAAUAAUAAUAAUAAUAAUAAUAAUAAUAAUAAUAAUAAUGAUAAAUCACCGGCGGAGGCCUUCGCAGGCGCGGCGGAUCCCGGUGUGCGGGCCGUCACCCGCAUUUACAAUUACUACAAACAACACGGAUACACCACGACGGUGAUGGGAGCCUCUUUCCGCAAUACGGGGGAAGUGCUGGAGCUCGCCGGCUGCGACAAACUCACCAUCGCCCCCAAACUGCUGGAGGAACUCGCAAACGCGAAGGGGACCGUCCAGCGGCGACUCGACCCGGCGCAUCUCACGCAGAAGGAAGAAAAGAGAGCGGAGAUCACACGGGCGGAGGAUCUCUUCGCCGGGGAGCCAAACAACAUGGCAAUGGAGAAACUCUCAGAGGGAAUAGAGGGAUUCGCAAGAGAUACGGUGAAGCUCGAGGCACAUAUCGCUAAACUCCUCUAA